UCCCAUGGCAUGGUAUCGGUAUCGUUGCCAAUAGUUGUCACUACGGAAAUCAUUCAAYACCAAGCGCUUUCGUGCCUUCGGUAUCGCAGCAUCCAAUAGUUCCAGAGAGAAGAAAUCAAUUCUURCCAUGGCCCGCAAUAAAAGCGGAAGCAAGGGCGGGUUUUCCUCCUUUCAGGUGACCGUGAUGAUCUGCUUCGCCCUCCUCUGCCAGGCGAUAUGGAACCGGCCCACGRGCCUCGAGGGACUUGCUUCUCAGGAAUCUGCGAAMUCGGUUGCUUCCACCAUUGUCWCAGAGUCYGACAUCAUCAAUCCCCUCUCCAUCCGAAAGGGCCAGGCCCCAAACCUCCCCUCGGUGCGUGUCGAGGACAAGAAACUCGAGGCCGAUCGCAAGAUCUACGGUGGCAAAGGCGACGGGAAGCACCUGGGCGGUUUUACGAAUAUCGACAUGCACGGAAUCUCUCCCAGCGUCUGGAAGCACAUGGUGGAAAAGUGGACCGUCCAGAGCGUCCUGGACGUGGGCUGCGGCAAGGGAACCUCGACCUCGUGGUUCUACACCCAUGGCCUGCGAACCCAGUGCGCCGAGGGGAGCCACGAUGCCAUCGAGCAGAACAUGGUGCCGGACAAGUCCCUGCUCGUGGAACACGACUUUUCGCGCGGUCCCUGGUGGCCGGAGAAGACCUUCGACGCCGUCUGGUCGGUAGAGUUCCUGGAGCACGUCAACCUACAGUUCCACUUCAACUACGUCUCGGCCUUUCGCAAGGCAGCGAUCCUGAUGGUUUCGAGCAGCACCUGGGGUGGCUGGCACCACGUCGAGGUCCACAAGAACGAGUGGUGGAUCCGGAAGUACGAGACCUAUGGGUUCAAGUACUCCCCAGAGCUCACCAAUGAGAUCAGGGCAAUCGCCAUUAAGGAGAAACGCGCUAACACAACCUUCCCCGUGAACGGGCAGCCUUUCAACGCCCAACAUAUAUUUACCACCUUGAAGGUCUUUAUCAACCCGGUGGUGGCGGCCCUGCCGGAACACGCCCACCUGUUCGGGGAGCCCGGCUGCUUUCAGGACUACAACAAGCCCAACCGGGAGUGCGGCACACCGGCCUAUCCCGAUCGGCCGAAGAGCGUAGCAGAUGCCAGCAAGGAGACACCCCUGGAUCCGGCCUUCCGGCCCCUUGUACUAACCGAGAAACAGGACCAGAAGUGGUACGACAUUGUGAGAGCCAACUUGAAGCACGAGGAAUCAAAGAAAUAGCUUGUCGGUUGUUCUGUGUGGAAUUAUUUAAGCUUUGUAUCUUUUAGAAAACUGCUACGUAGCAUUGUGCCAUUGUAUUUGAAAUUUUAACAAAUCCUUGCAGGGACA